ACACACACACACACACACACACACACACACACACACACACACACACACACACUGUUGGUUGUUCUACGCUCAUGAGGACUUUGCAAUGACUUCCAUUCAUUUACUUGUCAUGUCUAUAAACUAACCCUGACCUCUUACACUUAAACUCACUUCACAUCUUAGUCCUCAGUCGAAGCCCAUGGGGACCGGGCUUUUGUCCCCAUAAGGCACAGUGGGACCCCAUCAGGGGAAAUGGUCAAAAAAAUGCAAAAUCGUCCCCACCAGGCAACAAAAACACGCACGCGCACACACAGAGGGGGGAGAGAGGGAGACGUCUGCAGCGUUUUUCCGCCAACAGGACAAGAUUCAAACGGGAUUCAUCAGCUGCGGAGAGACAGAGGGAGGUAAACAAGACCGCUUCUCCCCCGGGACUUCAUCAACACACUGUAUGUGUGUGUUUUCGUGUAGGACGCACUGAUUUAGUGAGCAGCGCGAGCCUGAAGUGCCUCUCCGUGUUUCGUCCUUCCUGGCUGCCCGAGGACGGGACGUUUGGAGCGGAAAGAAACGCGGCGGUCAUGUUCCGGGUGUCCACCGGGACGCGUCUCCUCCUGGAGCCGUGCGGGUCUCACGCCGGGGGACAGUAGUCCAGUCCGCUCAGCUGGUGACCGUCGGGAUGCCCGCGAGGAACAGGUACAACCUGGUGGACGACGUGGCGGACUCCCGGCUGCCGCUGCACAACGAGGAGGCUUACCAGCACGGCAUUUCUUUCCAAGCCAAGUAUGUGGGGAGUAUUGACGUGCCCAGACCCAACAGUCGGAUGGAGAUCGUGGCGGCUAUGAGGAGGAUCAGGUAUGAAUUCAAAGCCAAGAACAUCAAGAAGAAGAAGGUCAGCAUCGUGGUGUCUGUUGAAGGAGUCAAGGUGUCACUAAGGAAAAAGCAGAAGAGAAAAGAAUGGACGUGGGAUGAGAGCAAAAUGCUAAUCAUGCAUGAUCCAAUAUACAGGAUUUUCUAUGUGUCUCAUGACUCCCAGGACUUGAAGAUCUUUAGCUACAUCGCAAGAGAUGGCUCCAGUAACUCUUUCAGAUGCAACGUCUUCAAAUCUAAAAAGAAGACACAGGCCAUGCGUAUCGUGCGGACAGUAGGUCAGGCGUUCGAGGUGUGCCAUAAGAUCAGUUUGCAACAUGCUGAGCAGGACGUUGACGGACAGGCGGACGGAGAGAGCGACAAGUCGACAGAGGAGCCCGGCAGCCGCGGUCGUAAACUAACUGGAGCAGAAGGAGAAAAUGAAGAUGGAGACAACCAGAGUGGAUCGGAUCCUUCAGUUGGUGCUUCGCUGUGUGAGAAGGCUGUCAGUGAGGUCCUGCAGAGCUUGGCUGAGCUGAAUGUUGUCAAACCUGGACAGACCAUAAUGGACUUUGAUGGAAGGUCCGUCUUCACUGUGACGUCCCAGGGCAUCACUCCCAGCAGCCCUUGCUCUACAGCCCUCACCCCGCUGGCAGCGCAGCACUACUUGCAGCUCCUGCAGCAGCAGCUGCAGCAGCAGCAGCAGCACACGCAGGUGGCUGUGGCACAGGUGCAGCUGCUGAAAGACCAGAUGGCAGCGGAGACAGCUGCUCGAAUGGAGGCUCAGGCUCGGAUCCACCAGCUGCUGCUGCAGAACAGGGACCUGCUGCAGCACCUGGCCCUGCUCGUGCAGCAGCUGAAAGAGAUGGAGGCCCACGCCGCGCACACGGCACCGGCAGAACCGUCACAGCGAGCGUCUCCGGCUAACGGACAGAAUGGUUCGCAGUCAACACCAGCAAACUCUCUCUCCUUGAAUCUGAAGAAGCACUAUAGUCCGACCCUGGAGCGCCACCCCACCUCCACCCCUGCGUGGCCGCUCCAGACCUCAGUGCUCUCCCCGGCCCCGGUGGUCUGUGCAGAGUCCUACCUCAACCUGCUGAACCUGGAGAACAGCACGAAACCAGCAGCCCUCACUGACCUGGACCCUUUCAUCAGGACCAACGGCACCGCGGAGGGCAAGGAGACCUCCAACGGAGACAUCGUCCAGUUCUCGUCCAGAAACUCUGCCAGCAUAGAGGAAAAGUGUAAACAAAUAAUACCCAAACUUGACCCUCCUCCACCAUCUUUGAACCGCAAGAGGGCCAGCAGGACGUUCUCUCCGGGGUCGGAGGUCCCAGCCGUGCCGCCGCCUGCAGAGGUCGGCACGAUCAAAGCAGCCCCGAGUCGCAGCAGCAGCCUCUCCUUCCCCGACAUCACCCCCAGCUCCCUGUCCUCUGCUGACUUCCACUCCCUGAGCAACGGGGAGAGCAGCUCCUCCUCGGCCAGCGAGGACUCGGGCGUCCGCUCCGAGACCAAGUCCCUGCUGUCGCCCCUGUGCGAUGACGACGACCUGUUUGGGGACCGUGCUGCAUUUUUAACGGCGUCUAGCAGCUGCGGCAGCCCCUUGGAGCGCAGUGCUGGAGUGGUUCUCGCGUUCUCUGAGUCGUCACCCGCCGAACCCAGCCCCCUGACUUCAGACGCCUGUGGUCACCCCCUCUCCUCUCCGGUGAACGAUACCUGCCUUCACAUCAGUUUUUCUGAGGAUGAACUUCUGGAGAGCGGCCAGGAGGUCACUCAGCAAAGUUAGUCGGAUGAAUUGAUGCUCCUUUUGGAGACGCUCUCCAUGUUCCUCAGUCCACUUUGAACCAGUAGAUGCUGUCAGACCCUCGUAUGUUUGCACAGGACAUCAAUUCCAGGAAACUAAAUUGUUCCAUUCACUGUGUGCACGUUACUAAAAUAUGCUGUUUAAAUUAUUAGCCAAUCCAUAGGUUUAGUAUUUUUGUAAUGAAAUUCCAGAUGUAAUUUACUUUUUAGGGACUAGAAUGUUGACCAGAGUACAUGUAGCGAUACUUGCACUUUUGAAGUCACCUGUAAUUUAGUGUAGACGUCGAAGCUAAUGAGAAAACAUGAUUUAUUUUUGCUAGUCGUCGACAUCAGGUCCUUAUUUUGUAUAAUGUUUCACUGUGGUACUUUUAUUAUGGACAUUGCAGAUUUCACAGAGCAUCAUGGGAAGGUGAUGUUUGGGGAAAAGUUUCAGCUUCUGUUAAAGCACCCUGACCGAAAGGUUUACAGAAAGAAGGCAACAAGGAAGUUGGUGAAGGAGCAAAGGGAAGAUGAGAAUAAGUUUAGUUAUUGUUGUUGAUUUUGUUGUUUUAGACCGCUAAAGGGUUUUAAACAGGACUUUUGCUUGUUUGUAGGGAGUUAUGAAAAUUAAUGAGAAAGCAUUGGAAAAACGUUUUUUUUUUUUUUUGCAUUGAUUGUGUUCAGUGAAUGUUGAAAAACUCUUUAAAAAGAGGAUUUUAGUUUUGAGAAGCAGAACAGGAAAUAAGCAAACCUUCAAAUAUGAGCAGAAAACUA